CCAGAGCUCGUCCCAGCAGCUCACGGGACAAGAAGACGGCAGAUUCGCUCAGACUCUGCUGAGGCAUGGAACCAGGACCUGAAGCUCACGCCCCAGAAGGUGGAAAGACUUCCCUAAAACCAGAGAAUGCAGGAAUGCUCUAAAUUUCCUCUCUGAGCUUGUUUUGCGGACUGGCUAUUUUCCGUAUUGCGACUCGACACAGGGACAAUUAAUCUCUCAGCGCAGCUCUUCUGAAGUGGAUCAUGCCCCCUAGAUAGCAGCCUCGGCCUCCUCUCCACUCCCCCCCUGCCCCUUGGUUCCGUCCUCCGCCUUCCUGGUCCAGCUUUGCCACUGCCACCUUCAUCACCGCGGCCAUCAUGCCCCCCAGGAAGAGGACGCGGCCGGGCCUGGGCUUCCUCUGUUGCUUUGGCAGCAGCGAGCCCCCGGAGAUCAACCUGAAGGACAGCGUUCCACUUCAGCUGCUGGAGUUCAGCGCCCCCAUGCCACCUGCAGAGGAGCUGCAUGCACGUUUCUCCGAACUCGUGGAUGAGCUGGACCUGACGGAUAAGAACAGAGAGGCCAUGUUUGCUCUGGCUGAUGAGAAGAAAUGGCAGAUCUACUGCAGCAAGAAGAAGGAGCAAGAGGACCCCAACAAGCUGGCCACCAGCUGGCCCGACUACUACAUAGACCGCAUCAACUCCAUGGCGGCUAUGCAGACAUUGUUUGCCUUUGAUGAAGAGGAAAUGGAGAUGAGAAACAAGGUGGUUGAAGAUCUGAAGACGGCGCUCCGAACUCAGCCAAUGAGGUUCGUCACGCGCUUCAUCGAACUCGACGGCCUCACCUGCCUCCUCAACUUCCUGCGCAGCAUGGACUACGAAACAUCAGAGAGCCGUGUCCACACCUCCCUCAUCGGCUGCAUCAAGGCCCUGAUGAACAACUCGCAGGGCCGUGCACACGUCCUGGCUCACCCUCAGAGCAUCAACAUCAUCUCACAGAGCCUGCGCACGGAAAACAUCAAGACCAAAGUGGCGGUGCUGGAGAUCCUUGGGGCGGUUUGCCUAGUGCCUGAUGGCCAUAAGAAGGUGCUGCAGGCCAUGGCGCAUUACCAGAAAUACGCUGCUGAGAGGACUCGCUUCCAGACACUGCUGACCGAGCUGGACAAAAGCACGGGCCGCUACAGAGAUGAGGUCAACCUGAAGACCGCCAUCAUGUCCUUCAUCAACGCGGUGCUCAAUGCAGGAGCAGGAGAGGACAACCUGGAGUUCCGCCUUCACCUGAGGUACGAGUUCCUCAUGUUGGGCAUUCAGCCCGUCAUCGACAAACUCAGAGAGCAUGAAAACGCUACCCUGGACAGGCACUUGGACUUCUUUGAGAUGGUGAGGAAUGAAGAUGACUCAGAGCUGGCGAAAAGGUUCGAUUUGACCCAUGUAGAUACAAAGAGCGCUGCUGCCAUGUUUGAGCUGAUCAAGAAGAAACUGAGCCACACAGACUCCUACCCACACCUCCUCUCCAUCCUCCACCACUGCCUGCAGAUGCCCUAUAAACGUGGAGGCGGCAGCCUGCAGCACUGGCAGCUCUUGGACAGAAUCCUCCAGCAGAUAGUCCUGCAGGAUGACAAGGGAGAGGACCCCGACGUGACCCCCCUGGACAACUUUAACGUUAAGAACAUCAUUCGCAUGUUGGUCAAUGAGAAUGAGGUGAAAUUGUGGCGCGACCAGGCAGAGAAGUUCAGGAAAGAUCAUGUAGAGCUGAUGGGAAAACUGGAGAGGAAAGAGCGGGAGUGUGAUACCAAGACCCAGGAGAAGGAGGACAUGAUGAAGACUUUGAACAAGAUGAAGGACAAGCUCCAACGAGAGGGUGUGGAGCUGCGCUCGGCCCGGGAACAAGUGCUGGAUCUCUCGUUGCGUAUCACCGACUUUUCACAGGGCGGCAGCGGCUCUUUACCACCUCCCCCUCCCGGCGGCCCCAUGGCUCCACCUCCUCCACCCAUGAUGACCGGCUUUCCUCCACCACCACCGCCUCCACUACCAUUCAGCAGCCCGCCUCCUCCGCCGCCUCCUCCUCCACCAGGAGGACCGCCUCCUCCACCUGGAGCUCCUCCCAUGUUUGGAGCUCCACCCCCUCCCAUGCUGUUGUCAUGCAACUCCACCAUGCGCUCCAGGUCCCUCCCUCAACCUUCUCACCCCCUCAAGUCCUUCAACUGGGCCAAAAUUGGAGAGAAUAUGAUCAAUGGCACCAUCUGGAAUGAAAUCGAUGACCUGAAAGCUUUCAAAAUUCUUGACCUGAAGGACAUAGAGAAGAUGUUUUCAGCCUAUCAGAGACAGCAGGACCUGCUAACUAACCAAUCCUUCAAACAGAAAGAGACGGGCUCCAUGGAUGACAUUUACGUCAGCACGCGGAAGGUCAAAGAGUUGUCCGUCAUCGACGGCAGACGUGCGCAGAACUGUGUCAUCCUGCUUUCAAAAUUAAAAAUGACAAAUGAAGAAAUCAAGAGGGCGAUACUGGAGAUGGAUGAGAGGGAGGAGCUCGCCAAAGAUAUGUUGGAGCAGCUGCUUAAGUUUAUCCCUGAGAAAAGUGACAUCGAUCUGCUGGAGGAGCACAAACAUGAGUUGGAGAGGAUGGCCCGGGCCGACCGCUUCCUCUUUGAAAUGAGCAGAAUUGACCACUACCAGCAGAGAUUGCAGGCGCUGUUCUUCAAGAAGAAGUUUGCGGAGCGUCUCGCUGAGACCAAGCCAAAGGUUGAAGCCAUCCUGAGCGCUUCAAGAGAGGUGGUUCGGAGCAAGCGGCUGGCCCAGGUCCUGGAGGUGGUGCUGGCCUUCGGCAACUUCAUGAACAAAGGCCAGCGGGGAAAUGCCUUCGGAUUCAAGGUCUCCAGCCUGAACAAGAUCGCUGACACCAAGUCCAGCAUCGACAGGAGCAUCACCAUGCUGCACUACUUGAUCAUGAUCUUUGAGAAGAACUACCCGGACACACUUCGCAUCCAGGAGGACCUCAGCAGCGUGCCAACGGCCGCCAAAGUCAACCUGGCGGAGUUGGAAAAAGAAGUACACGCCAUCAAAAGUGGGCUGAAGGCUCUCGAGGCGGAGCUGCACUACCAGCAGAGCCGGACGAGGGAACGCGGGGACAAGUUUGUGGCUGUGAUUGGUGACUUCAUCACCGUGGCUGGAUUCAGCUUCUCUGAACUGGAGGACCAGCUGGGUGAAGCCAAGGACAAGUUUGCCAAAUCUCUGAAGCACUUUGGGGAAGAGGAGGGCAGGAAGCAGCCAGACGAGUUCUUCGGGAUCUUCGACACCUUCCUUCAGUCGUUCUGCGAAGCACGGCAGGAUCUGGAGAACAUGCAGCGCCGCAAGGACGAGGAGGAGCGGAGGGCUCGGAUGGAGGCCAUGCUGAAGGAGCAGAGGGAGAGGGAGCGGCGGGCCAAAAAGGGAGGAGCCUCAGAUGAGGUCAGCGGGGAGUUCGACGACCUCGUUUCAGCGCUACGUUCCGGCGAGGUCUUCGAUAAGGACCUGAACAAGUUUAAGCGUAAUCGCAAACGCUCCGGUCCCCAGCUAGUGGAGGGGGGCGGCCGUGAACGAGCCGUCACCAAGGUGAACUACUAGGUUGGAAGAGGCAAGUAGAAGAAAGUCACGGGACAUCUGAAUUCUGCCAUGGUGUAGAUAUCUUAACACCUUUAGUCCAGGUGCUAGAACUGUCUCCGCUGACACUGGAGGGGAUGUACGCAACAGCUGGACUGGACAUGUAGAGAAAUGCAUGGAGAGCUAUGCUGUCUUGAAUGAUGCAACACUCUGAUUGGUCUUGUAAAUCCAUGUCCAACCCGUUUGUUCUGCACGUUGUAAGCUCUGGACAGUUGGGAAGGACAGACCACUGUGACACAUUUCCCCAUGUCAUUUGUCAAUAUCCCUUUAACACUGUGCUCCAGGUUCUCAACAUCCAUCACCCCACUGUCUGUCAUUUCUGCUCUUUUUUCCUUCAUAAACCUGCUCUGGUCCGCUGUAAGCACCUCGGUACUGAACAGGCCUCUGUCAUUGGUUAUGCGGCCCUAAAAGGACAUGAAGGAGUUGUGUUAAGGUAGAUCGAACGCCAGGAGAAAGAUUGGAAAAGGGACCAUGAAGCUUUUCCAGGCAGGUUUAAAUCCCAAGCAAAAAGAGGUGAGAGGGAGCUCAGCUUCCACAGCCAUGGUUGUUCCAGGCCUUCCCCACAAGAGGGAUUUCCCAGCAACUUAAUGGAUGGAUGUUCAUACACGUCUCUUACGGCAAAGAAGGACGUGGAGUCAGCAAAUCCUCGAAGAUUUUGUUGUCUUCUGAAACAGUGGGGGGAGAACACAUGUUAUGGGGUUAGAGGUUUAAAACAGAGGGUUCAUCCCAGUGGUCCACGGCACACGGCAUUCCCAGGAAGAACGUCCCCAUUGAUGAUCAGUUUCCCAGGAAAAAAACGGCUCCUCUCCAGGAAACAGCUGAUCCAGCAGACAGAGCUGACGGUCACGCCUAACGUACUCUGAAACAGUUCCAUCAUUGCUCGGGCUUGAAACUGUGCCAAAGCAGACAGAAAACACAUGUAAAUGUAUUAAUACAAAACCUACAGCAAUUAGGCAUUGAUAUAUAUUUAUAUUUAGAGGCAGACAAGCUAAUUGCAAAGAUGUAGAGGUUUUUUUUUUUUUUUUAAUAUUUUGGGAUUUUGUACGCGCAAUGCAUUCUAUGUUGUUGUUGCAAGUUCACACUGCCGCUGAAGUGGAUUUCUAUACAUUUUCCGCUUCAUGUAAAAGAGAACUGCUUUUCCUUUUUACAUUCUGUCUUGUUUGCACUGCAGCUUUUUUGACAGACUUUUCAGUCAAAAGUACACGUAAACUGUGGUUGGCUCUAAUGAAGGAAUGAAAAUGAACGACAAAUUAACUUGAAGAAACAAUCUGCAAUCAGUUCAGUACGUUCAGCAGUCUGCCAGGAGUCACGGGGGUCAUAUCUGACUGGGUCCAUCACAAGCUCAACUUCUGUCGAGAAAAUCUCUCUCUCGCUCUGCUAUCUUUCCAGGUGUUAAACCACAUCAUGUCACGGGUCUACUUAUUACUGCAUCAUCAGGGUUCAGCAAGUCACUUGCAUUUUAUGGGGUAAAUUGACAGAAUCCCAGAACCCCAUCAUGUCAGACCAACAUAAUGAAGUCACCCUCAUUUUCCUUAAGUUCGUUGGAAGUACAGUUUUCUCUAAUUGAUAUAGCUUUUUCCAAAUCCUGAACAAGGACGUACAGCAGAGGCUUUAACGUUUGGUUUGGGGGUCUAAUGAAGUCAUUAAGAUGAAUCUAAAUAAUUAAAAUUUAGAUUUGUACUUGGAAAUACCAUAGCCUGUAGGAGAGCUCUCAUCCUGCUCAUUUGUUCACACUCGGCAUUGAAUCAUUCUUACUCAUGUGGGGAUAAAACAUUGAGUUGGGAUGUUGCAGGUUCAACACAGUGGUAAAGUGUUUGAUUUUCCUUCAUUUUAGUCGCUCCAUCCAUGAAACUUGCAAGGGAAAUGUCUAAAAUUGCUAAAUGAGUAUUGGACUGCUCAGAUACCCUUGUGUUUUGUCACUUUUGUGAAGCUGAUCAAAGACAGAAAAGACGCUGCUUCAGUUUACAAAAGGAGCUGAAGCUGUGUUUCUAUAGGAACGGUUGAAGUAAACAGUUCUCCUGUCUGCUCUGUGUGUGUGUGUGUAUAUAUAUGUAUAUAUACAUGUAUGUAUAUAUACAUAUAUAUGUAUGUGUGUGUAUACCUCCACUUCCCGUAGCCUCCUUCUGCAAAACAACACUUGUCACACAUAUACAUUAAAUUACAAGAGCCAUUGUAAACCAGACUUUCAUCUCUGCAUGUUAUCAUUUCCAGUGAUCACAGUCCCAGUUCUUACAACUUAUCUGCUAAUUAUCUGUAAGUUCACCUGUAAGUGCCUCUGAUCCUUUCUUUUUCUUUUCUUUUCACACAAACCAUUCCUUCCACUCACUAUUGGUGCUUGUGACUUUCCAGAAAACAGUCUCCUGGUGAACUGGCACUUUGACUAACUGGCACCAUCUAGUGGUAAACUGUCAUCCUGAUAUCUUCACAUUAACGUUCUCCAGAGUCCAGCUGCAGGCUCUCCACAGCAUCCUCUAAAUACUUUCAGUGGUUGUGUUUCAUUGUGGUUGGCUUGUCAUCACAGACGUAUGGUUGGGAAUAAAAAAGACCUAUAACUCUUAUUUAUCCAUUGGGAGUUCUUUCACCGUAACAACUCAUUGUAUCAGGUUUUAUUCUUUAAUUCUUCAAACCACUGCAGAGAGGAAGGGAUAUGCGGGAUACGAGGCAGCGCAUGUGUUAAAGAUUAACCUGUGAACCGAAUUCAUUCAGGCAAUUUUUAAAAUCCCAACUUGAUAAAUUUGUAUCUGAGCUUUUCUCUAACCUGUCCUCCUUUAGUUCACCAGAGCAGAGCCUUUUGAACUCCUAAUUCAGAGCUUUAACCAGUAUUGUAGCGCAGACUAUUUACUGAGGGGUAUUGCGACAUUGUCAGUAUUAAUAUGUUUGUGUUGUUACAUGUUUGGAUGUUUUAUUUGGCCAUUGACUGGCUGUAUAGGAGCGUAAACGUGGAAAACAGAGGAAAGACAUUAGUAGCUGUUCAAUGCACUUUUAUGAUGGGAUAUUUCCAUUUGCAGCAACAGUUCUGAGGGUUUGGGUUCCUCGAGAGGCGAGAGCGGUGCAACGAGAGUAAGGUGCACAAAAAUAUGAUGUACAGGGGAAAAAGAUGAAGAGGGCAAUUGAGGCGUCGGACUCCGGCUGGACCGCUCAGAGAUUAGAUUUUAGUCUACACAGAGGAAGGAUUUCGGGUUUUAAACAGAAUAAAAAUUAAAGAUAACUGUCAGGUGGGCUGGGGGUAUUUUUUGUCACAUUUCUGUCAUUAAACCCACAUGGUGUUGAUGUGCAUGCCUACAGAAGAGUACACAAAGUGUGAUGUGUUGAUCCUUUGGAAAGGAACUUUACUUGCAGAAGGCGCGCACCUGUUACACCAGAGUUUUUACUGCACCCAUUCUUCCCAGUUCUGUGAUGGUGAGGAGUCAGUAGUUUUAUGGUUGGAAAAUAAGAUCCUCCACCAAAAGAUGUACAGUUGGAAAUAAAAAAAAUAAAUGAAUAAAAAAGAAAGAAGCAUUUUGUACACCAUUGUUAAUGUUUGAGAUAAGAAUAAAAAAGAUGAAAACAUUGAAGAAUGUUCAAUUUU